CACUUUCCCUGCAGGAACCGGCUCCCUCGGAGGGGUGUGGCUGGGAGGAGUUGUGAGUAAGGUGCCAUAGUGUUGUAAAAACCCAGUGAGUGUUAUAAAAACCCAGUCAGUCUGGCUCCUGUUGAAUAGUCUACCCUCCUUGCACUCUACCUGAGACAGCUGCAGCCUGCAAUUCACUCCUACCGCCUGGGAUUGCACUGGAUCUUUGUGCUCAGAACAAGGUGCCCGCCCAGCUGCAGCCAUGAGGAUCUGUAGCCUCACCCUGCUCUCCUUCCUCCUACUGGCUGCUCAGGUACUCCUGGUGGAGGGGAAAAAAAAAGUGAAGAAUGGACUUCACAGCAAAGUGGUCUCAGAACAAAAGGACACUCUGGGCAACACCCAGAUUAAGCAGAAAAGCAGGCCCGGGAACAAAGGCAAGUUUGUCACCAAAGACCAAGCCAACUGCAGAUGGGCUGUGACUGAGCAAGAGGAGGGCAUCUCUCUCAAGGUUGAGUGCACUCGAUUGGACCAUGAAUUUUCCUGUGUCUUUGCUGGCAAUCCAACCUCGUGCCUAAAGCUCAAGGAUGAGAGAGUCUAUUGGAAACAAGUUGCCCGGAAUCUGCGCUCACAGAAAGACAUCUGUAGAUAUUCCAAGACAGCCGUGAAAACCAGAGUGUGCAGAAAGGAUUUUCCAGAAUCCAGUCUUAAGCUAGUCAGCUCCACUCUAUUUGGGAACACAAAGCCCAGGAAGGAGAAAACAGAGAUGUCCCCCAGGGAGCACAUCAAGGGUAAAGAGACCACCCCCUCUAGCCUAGCAGUGGCCCAGACCGUGGCCACCAAAGCUCCUGAGUGUAUGGAGGACCCAGAUAUGGCAAACCAGAGGAAGACUGCCCUGGAGUUCUGUGGAGAGACUUGGAGCUCUCUCUGCACAUUCUUCCUCAGAGUAGUGCAGGACACGUCAUGCUAAUGAGGUCAAAAGAGAACGGGUUCCCUUAAGAGAUGUCAUGUCGUAAGUCCCUCAGUAUACUAUAAAGCUCUCUACAGUCCCCCCAAAAUACGAACUUUUGUGCUAAGUGAGUGCAACGAAAUAUUUAAACAGGUUUUGUAAUUUUUGCUUUUGUGUUUUGGAAUUUGCUUUAUUUUUCUUGGAUGUGAUGUUCAGAGGCUGUUUCCUGUAGCAUGUAUUUCCAUGGCCCACACAGCUAUGUGUUUGAGCAGUGAAGAGUCUUUGAGCUGAAUGAGCCAGAGUGAUAAUUUCAGUGCAACGAACUUUCUGCUGAAUUAAUGGUAAUAAAACUCUGGGUGUUUUUCAGAAAUACAUUCAAACAUUGCUUGGUUUCCCUGGGUCUGGUCCCAAGUAAACUCAUAAAGUAGUCCCCAUAUAUCAAUGGAAAAACAAUCUAAACAGGAACUUCUAAUUUCCCACCCUUCCCAAGUUACCUCUUUCCAGAAUCCUUCUUUAUAAUUGUAUCCAUUGGUCUGUGGUGUUUGGUGCUUAUUGAUGUAUAAUAAUUAGGAUCCCUGUUUUCAGGUGGGACACCUGGUAUAUAGUGUGAUUAAAUCAUUUGUCAGGGACUCAUAGACGGUAAGAGGGGUGGUAAGAUUGGAACCCAGGAGCUCUGACAGCUGAGUCUACAGGGUUGAGGAAUCUUCCCUACUGAUUCAUGUCAGAGCUGCCCAUUCCCUCCCCCAUCCGAAGGACCCCGGCCUUGCAAAGCUCAUUUCUGGAGAAGAAACGAGUUUCAUUUCUUCAUUCUUCAUUCUUGGAGAAGAAAGGCCUAGUUAAGUACAGUGGCCCAUGAUAAGGGCUGUAAAGGAAGGGGGAGAGGGCUACAAGGAAAACCAGAGAGAGGAGGAAGAAACUGCUGUAAGAUCUGGGCUUGAGUGUAACAGGGGAGGUAACAGUGGAGCUGGAUUUUGGAAAGAGUAUCUGUAGGAAUAAAAUGGGGCAAAGUGGAGGCACUUUAGGCAUUUGAUAACAUGAAUGAAAGUGGAUAGAUGGGAAGUUUCAGAUUCUGGGAGAGGUCAGGUGUCUGGGAUCAGAUGGGAUGCAGGGAUGAGACUGCCAUUAUUCCUUUAUAUGUUAGUAUGAAGGAUCUGAAAGUUGUAUUUUAAGAGUUGGGGAGAGAGGAUGAACUGUCUCCAAUGCCUUGUCACAAUUCCACAACAAGGGAAAAGAGGAGCAGAAGCUGAUGAAAGCACUGUUCUCUAGCAUGUCUGAUGGUGGCAGGGAGGAAUGGCAGGUGGGGUGGAAGGAAAGCCUUUUACAUUCACCAACCUACUGGGAUGCACACUGAGGAUGUCAGAGGCCAAUCCACAGUGCCACAGCCUCAGAGUGACAUUUGGAUGUCAUCAUGAUCAUCAAUAAAACGAACACUUAUCUCUUA